UGAUACUAACUCAAUAAAGACAGCAAAAUCCAAGAUGGACAUAAUAUGGUACGAAUGGCAUCUGUUGCUGUAAUAUAGUAUUUAAAUAAGGACUUCUUUCAAAAAAGCAUUUUAAACAAGGAAAUAAACCGUUAAAUACUUGCAAGAAAGAUUGAAAUAUUUUCUGUAAAAAGAAAGGGGUAAAAAAAUAUAAUUACAGUUAAUAAAUCCAGGAGAGAGUCUCCACUUCUUCGCUGUUUUACUCCGUUUCUUGCUCCCUCCUUUCCUGAUCCUUCAAAACAAUAAACCAAACACAAAUCAAAAGAAUUCUUUAUCAUCAUAUCGACCAUUGUUUCAUACCCUCCUGUUCCCUAUAAGCAAGCAAAAAGGCAAGAAAAAAAAAAAAGAAAAAAGAAAGGACUUAUCAUGGUUCGUGCAAGCAACAUUGUUUUAGGCAUCUUUAAUGGCAUUCUACUAAUCAUAGGCCUUGCAGCAAUAUGCACAGGUCUGUAUUUCUUCGUCGGAAGCAACUCGCAAUGUGAAAAGGGUGUCGAAAAUGAGUUGUUGAUAAUGGGUGCUGCUUUGGUUCUUGUAUCAUUGCUAGGGUUGAUUGGUUCCUGCUAUGGGAUUAACUUCUUUUUGAUUUUUUACUUGAUUGUCAUGUUUCUUUUGAUCCUUGGACUCAUCUGUUUUACCUUUUUUACUAUCUUCGUCACCAAUGAGGCUGUUGGCAAGGCUGCUUCGCGUACCAAGAUCAUGAAUUUUAACUCUUGGAUAAGGGACCAUUUUGUUAAUGAUCGCAACUGGCAUCAGAUCAGAGAUUGUUUGGUUGAUGCAAAGGUUUGCAAGAGUCUUGGUGCUGAUGUUGAUACUCAUGUUUCUGAUUUUUACAAGAAGAAUCUGUCCCCUAUACAGUCCGGUUGCUGCAAGCCACCAAAUGAAUGUGGUUUCGAGCAUCAGAAUGCAACCUUUUGGUUAAAGCCUAAAGCAGGAGCAGUGAAAAAUAGAGACUGCACAACAUGGAAUAACCAGCAGACGACUCUAUGCUACAACUGCGAGUCCUGCAAGGAUGGAGUUGUGGAUAACAUCAGGCAUAAGUGGCAAGUAUUGGCCAUUGCCAAUGCUUGUAUCACUGUUCUCCUCAUCAUUUUAUAUUCCAUCGGUUGCUGCGCCAAGAGGAAUAAUUCUGCCGAGAACAGUUAUGGCAAAUAUAGAGGAGGAUAUAGGUCUUACCCUUGACGUGUCUCCUCUAUAAACUCUUGUUUUAUUAAUUUCGUAAUACAGAAUAAUUUUUAUAGAGUUAAAUUAUUACCCUUA